GCGCGUCCUCCAUCAGUGAGAAUGUGUCCCUUUAUCUGCAAUGUCACGUUUUCACUUUCGCAGGUCGCAAAGGGAUAUUACAUCCCGCCAUGGUGUUGUCAUAACACGUGGUAUGGAGCGUGAUUUGUUGAAUGGCAGUGUGGACCUUCAGGUUUUGGAUAGCGAGGAGUGCCAGGCGUUGACUAACACGCUCCAGGUGCUUAUUGACACUGCUGAAGUCAAUUCUACGAGUGACAACGAUGUGUUACAUGGCUGUAACAAUACGGUGAUUACAUAUUCUCAGCAAAUAGUCCAGCAGUUAUCUGAGCGUCGAUACAAGGAGCGUUUGGCUGGUAUAUCGGUAGCUAAUUCAGUUCAAUACAUUCGUUUUAAGCCUGGCUCUCUUAGGGAGCUUCCUGAGGAGCUUUUGAGUUCCAUUGUUUCUGUGCUUGUAUCGUUGAUAGUCGAGCACAUCGCAAGUAGUCGCAAUGAAGACCAAGACUAUUUACUCAAGUGGGCUGGCGUCGUCAUUAGGCGCAUAGGCAAGCUUUUACAGGUCAACGAGAUAUUAUUGGAUGCUUUGCUUAAGCCCAUAACUCAGUAUUCCAUGUUGAGGGCUUUAUCAGUUGACAUGAACACUUUGGUUAACCGUCAGAUGCACUUGGAUAUUAUCUUGGAGCAGCUGAGUCUUUUACAGCCUGACUUGGAUGAGGAGUUCAAGCGUAAUGUUGAGGAGGCUCGUGAUUACUUGAACAGUACUGACGUGGGCAAUGUCAUUCGUCGUCCCAGUAUGGGUAUAUUCAAUUCAAUAUCUCGCAAGAUAAAUCGCGUCUUGACUAGGGCUAUGGAGCCUACGGAAUCCAGUGGUCAUCGUGACUCAGAAUCUGCUGAGCGCACUAGCAGUAUUGACGGUGUCGUUGAAACCUGUGAAUCUGAGGUAGAGGAAGUGGCUGAGGACCCUGACUUUGAAGAUGCUGAUGCCAAAUCGGAUAUUAACUUAAAUGAUGAGUUGUUGUUAGACACAGUUCCGGCACGUGCUGUAUUGUUGCGUAACUUGGUUACCGGUUACAUUAUGAGUGGUCACAAUGACUCUCGCGUUCAGUUACUAUUUCAGGAAUUUUCAUCAGCUUUGGGUAUGAGUAAGCACACUGUAUUGGCUUUAGAGACGUACAUAGCAGCUGAGUUGGUGAGUGCCAUUCAUUCAUCUAACACUGGCACUACUAAGAAGGUAACUCGCAAUUUAAAGAUUGCUGCUGUCGCUGCCGGUGGCGGUGCUUUGAUAGCUCUGAGUGCUGGUGUAGCUUCUCCAGCGGUUGCUGCUGGCAUAGCUGUACUUGGUAUUGGCGGUGGUGGAAUGUCUGGUUACUUAUCUACUACUGAAGAGGCUGAGCUUUUGGCGUCAAUCUUUGGCGUGGGUUCGUCAGGCCUCGUUGGUUGGCGGGGUAAGAAGGCCAGUUCUCGUGUUGACCCUGACUUCCAUCACAUUAAUGAGCAAUCUGGUAGAUCGCUUACUGUAUGCAUUGGCAUUUGCGGUACUCUUUCCUCUGGUAUUGAAUUCAUUUCAAUGUGGGAGGAGGCGGUUCGUGCACCUCUAUGUGACUUUUAUGCUAUGGAAUGGGAAACUGGGUUAUUACGUUGUUUGGGUCGCAUGUCUCAGCUUAUGUCAGAGCAGCCCUUUUCCGAUAGUGCAGCUCGUCUUCAGGAGAAGUUGGCACCUAAUAAUGCUUUGGUACCUGUUAUACAAUGGCCAUUACCGUUAAUCCACUUUGCUCAGCCUUUUGAGAAUGCGUUUACUAUUGUUAAUCAGAAGUCCAUUUUUUAUGGUGCCACAUUAGCUCAGGCUAUUAUGGACCGUCAUGCGGUGGGUGAGCGUCCUAUAUCCCUUCUGGGAUACAGUGUGGGUGCUCGUGUGAUUUUCCAUGCUCUUUUGAAGCUGUAUGACAAGCAGAAGCUGAGUAUAAUAAAGGAUGUUGUUCUUAUGGGUCUCCCUGUAAUCGUUGAUACUAGUGAAUGGUUCCAGUGCAGCAGUGUAGUUGCCGGUCGUUUGAUCAAUGUCUAUUCACGUCAUGACUGGCAGCUGGGUUACAUUUACCGUGACAUAGAGUUUGGUCAGUCAGUUGCUGGACUACGUCCUGUAACUUCUGAGCGUGUUGAGAAUUACGAUGCCACUGACUUUAUUAAGGGUCACCAUAGUUACAUGUCCAAAAUAUCGGAUAUUCUAACUUUAGUGCACAUUGAUUUAUGAUUAGUGCACUGUUAGGACGUUGUCUGGAGCGAGCAUACGC